CUAGGCCGACCUUGGCACAGUGUAGGCUCCGGAAGCUGUCGCCAUGAGCACGGGAUACGCUGGCGCAGAGCUGCUGAGCGCCAGCGAGGAAGCUACGCUCGAACAGUUCCGAGCUACUGUGGCCGAUCUUUCACCGCCAUCGACAGAAGAUUGGUACUUGCUUAAAUGGCUUCGAGCCCGGAAGUUCAACGUGGACGAUGCGAAGAAAAUGCUACGCGAGCACAUCGCCUGGCGGAAAAAGCACCAAGUGGACACCAUUCUGGAGGAUUACAAUGUCCCUACGCUUUUCCUGCAAUAUUGUCCUGGUGGCUUUGUCGAAUGCGGUCUCGGCGGUCACCCUGUGUACAUCACACCCGUUGGCAGUACAGACAUCAAAGGUUUGCUCGAAGCGGCACCGCGCAGCGACUUGCUACGUCACCUCAUCUACAUACUUGAGACGCAAGAGGAGCUCAAGAGACGCAUUUCACUGCAGAACGGGAGACACCGUGUCGACAAAAUGUACGUUGUCGCAGACAUGGAAGGGUUCUCCUUCUGGCAGCUUUCAUCACUAGAAGUGGUGUCUGCGAUCACUGAGUCCGUGCGGUUAUACGAGGCCAACUACCCUGAGAUUCUUGAAGAAGCCUUUGUCAUCAAUGCUCCCAGCUUGUUUCCCGUGCUGUGGAACAUCGUCAAGCCAUUGCUGUCUCAGAGGACUAUAAGCAAAAUUAACAUCUUUGGAAAAGACGGCUGGCGAGAUGUGCUGGCCAGCCGCUUCGACGUGGAGCGGCUUCCAGCUCAUUGGGGUGGACGGCUGAGGGGACCCGACGGCGAUGGACGCUGCACGAAUCUGAUCUGUCCAGGAGGACCCGUGCCGGUGGAAUACAGAAAGAAUUGGUCUGGAACUGAAGGCACGCGGUCAUGCACCGUUGGAGCUGGAUGCUGCUGGUCGCUCCCGGUGUCUGUGAAGCAGGCUGGCUCGGAGCUGCGAUGGAAGUUUGGCACGGCGUCAGGGGACUUGACGUUCUCUGUGCGAUUCCGGCCGCCCGGAAGCGUCGUGGAGGAAGCAGAAACACGUGACGUUGUGGCUGCCAGGAGGCUUCCCUCCUCCUCCCACGGUGCGCCACACAGUGGCAGCCUCCGUUGCCAUGAGCCCGGAACUUAUGAGCUGGUGUUCGACAAUUCCUUCAGCUGGCUGACGCGCAAGGAGCUCAGCUACAGCGUGCGGCUGCUGCCUCCAGUGGCGGAGCGAGGCGAGGACGAGGACGGCGCAAGAGCAGUCGUCGAAUGAGACUGUUCGGUGGCUGGCCCACUGAAUUAGUAGAGGGUUUACGGCUGGACUAAUUAUGAGUAUUCGUGCACGUUUAUUGCUCGACUCAUGCGCGGUACAGCAGUGUUGAAUGCCAUGAGGUUACAGAUGUCGCGAGCAGUUCUACUGCAGCUUUUUGAAAGGUGUGCGCGCUCUCUCAAGGAAAUACUCACUUCACUUACGUGGCGUACUCAACUCACGUGCGCACCUUUAUCGUGGAUUGAUUGAUUGAUUGAUUGAUUGAUUGAUUGAUUGAUUGAUUGAUUGAUUGAUUGAUUGAUUGAUUGAUUGAUUGAUUGGUUGAUUGAUUGAUUGAUUGAUUGAUACUUGACCAUUGGCAACUUCUGUCAUCAAACUUUUCGUAACGCUUAGUGAUUUUCAUACGAAAAUGAAAUUAUAUAAGUACAUAUAAACAGCAAAGCAACGAAACACUUUUUAGAGUUGGUAGGAUUUGACGCGGUAUCUGUGAAUGAGAUGUUCCGCGCUAAUUAGCUGUGUUACAGCACAAGAAAGCAUGAAAAAAUCCUGUAAAGAAUUGCACAUAAGGUACAAGCGCGGAUACGCUUGCUUAUCCUGAUGAAAAUACAACUGUGCAGAGCAAGGGUGUUUCGUAGUUCAGCUUUCGCGAGGUGCGUACAAUCUGCCAUUAAAGAUUACCGGAAAACACAUUUUGGAGUGCAUAGCUCUGCAUGCGGUUUCAACAGAAUAGGCUCCUCGAAAGGUGUUUAUUGCAAAUGUAAGUGUCAUAUGCUGGAAACGUUCACUCAUAAAUAAAUAAAUAAAUGAUGUGUUUGCACGUUUGUACUUUUUUUUCUUCGUAUACUCAUGUUCAAAGACACUGUCACAUGUGUUUUUGAUGCUCUAACUUUUCUGGUAUUGGGUCUGAAAAAAAUAUUCUCCAGUGAUCCUUUUUUAAAUAUUGUGGAAUUUGCUUGCUCACGUUUUGUUUUGACUUGCCCAGUCAUAUAUCGAACACGACGGUGUAUGCCACUUUCCUACCAUUCUUCAGCAUCUUUCCACUUCGAAAAAGAACUUGCGUGCAUCAAAUAAAUCUCCAUUUACAUGAACUUCGUGAGGGAACUUGAAGAAAUAUGUCGACUUGCUGCGCCCAAGUUAUUCGACAAAUGGUUUUGUUGACAUUGGCCAGUUCCAAUACACCCUCUUUUCAUCUGGCGUUCGUCCGUAGAGGCCGGAUGGUCUACAUCCGCUACGGAAGUCGUUAGACUAUUACUAAGCUACGCAGAUCAAGCGAUCACAAGCACGGGGAGACCACCUGCUCUGUAAUGACGCCGACUGUCUCCACCACAUAGGCGCUAAAUCGAAAAUGGAUCAAUACACUGCGCUACUCACACCGCAAUGUUCAGACGACACAGAUGAGUACCGGUUCACCCAUUUAGGCUGCAAAUAAAAAGGAACUUAUUUAGCCAGAAAAGCAUUCCGUGUACCUUUGAACGCAGAUGUAUGCAUAUUAUCUAAGACAAAUAAAGUUGUCGAGGGCAACUCUAAAUAAAACCCUCGACUUUCCCGCGAAAACGCGACAGAUCACGCUACCAUGACUACAAGGAUGACGACGAUAUGAACAUAAAGAAGGUUGCGAGGACGACUGUACGACGACGACAGCUGCGAUGGCGACGACGGGGCACCGACUACCUCGUGGCAGAUCCGAAUUCGAAAACCGGGGUUUGACAAUUCAGGUUCUUCUCAUUUUGCCGGCCACUUCUGUCAAACAAGCAUAAUAGUGAUGCGCACAAUGACGAUACCUGCAUGCACGCCACAUAAGCUGGCGGCGCUUUGAGCGCGCACCAUAAAAACCUUUAGUGAACAUAAUCAUUGUUAGUAUUUUCAGUGUCAUGCUCACUCUCACUUGAAGGCUGUUUCUGUCUUCUUAGAUUCUUGUACUUGUCGCGUUUCACACCUUUCUCACAAUGCUUAUUGAUUAGCCAAUUUGUAUUGAUUUACUUUGUGAUCGAAGAUUACCCAUGCUGCUGUACAUCACUUCUUUCUUUAUGCUUUAUCUUGCUCGUUUAUUCAUUCUUUCUAGCGUUACUGUAACUGAUUGCAACCCUGCAUCGGUGGUUGCGUUUCGUUCUGGCGUGUCGACAGUGUGCAUGCUUGUAAAAUGUGAAUUUUUUAGUCGCGAUGUUUAUUUUCUUGAAAAGCUCUAUUUGAGAGCACAAUUGUCACCUUGUACCACUUUUUACAUUGCGCAGCUGCUAUGCUCUCAGCUGAGAGCGGCAGUAUUUGGAAAUAAAACGCUACGACGCCA